AUGUCGGAAGCUGCGGCAUCGCAUGAGGUACCCACAACCAAGAAGAUGCGAUCACGCCGCGCACGAAAGGGAAACACUCCGAACCCCGUCGCAGGAAAACCGAAGACCUUGUUCGUGGAUGAGAUGGGAGACUCCUUAAUUGACCAGCUCUUUGAGACAUCCAAACCCAGCAGUGAUGACAGUGGUAUCUCGUCAAUUUCCCUUAUGGAUCACUUGCGCAAGAAUAUCGUCGCAAGUCCCGCGGUCUCUUCCUCUUGCAGUUCGGCAAGUUGCCAUACGACAUCCGAUUCCACCCCGGCGACGAGUGUGGAUAGUAAUGAACGCAUCCCAGCUACUCGCCCAGAACCAACUAAAGUCGAUACUGAUUCCUUUCAUGCGAAAGCGCAAUGCCGAGAUCAAGAUACCGUUUUCACACUCGACGACUUCAAAACAACAACGGCGAUCCAACAAAUAGCUGCAAUACAUGGCAGAGUGGCACACAUGGGAAUCCUCGACCACAGCUACCGAUUCUUCGUGAACAAAACAAGGACAGCAGCAUUGUCAUUUAAGGUCCAGAACGGGGUGGCAAUCAUCGGCGGAGAUCCUUUAUGCAACAAAGACGAAAUACCAGAGGUCUUGUCCGAAUUUGCAGCCUACAGACGGCGACAUCACUUGAGCAUAGCAUUCAUGGGCGUUAGCGAGUCCUUUCUCAAAGAUCACGCCAAACCAAACGGCUGGACAACCAUCCACUUCGCCACAGAGCGCGUACUCAACCCCCAGACAAACGAAGUGAUUCUCGAGAAGAGCGGGAAACGCAUCUUGACCAAGAGUCGUCAGCUCACAAACAAAAACAAAGGCGGCAUCACCAUAGGCGUGUACGCCCCCGCCGUGCACGGCAUAAACCAGGAACUACAAAACAACCUAAUCACCAUAUACGACACCUGGCGCGCCGAGCGCAACGCAUCUGCUAUCCCGCAAGCCUUCAUAACCGUAUACGACCCCUUUGCUGUUCCCGCCCUGAUGACAUUCCUCUACACCCGCACCCCAGACGGAACAAUCAAUGGUUUCGCCGCUCUUCGACGGCUCGCCUCGGGCGGCUACCAUGUCGAUCCGUGCAUCGCAGCCCCAGGAAGCGUGAAUGGAAUCAGCGACCUUCUUCUCAUCAUGUCAAUGGCGCUCCUCCGACGCGCCGGCAUCUCAUACCUCGGUCUCGGCGUCGAACCGCUCCAAACACUCACCGCCGAGGAUAUCGGGGGCAUGCCGUGGGCCUGUAAGAAGAUCACACGCGGCUUGUACGACCAUGCGUUCCACCGUCUGCCCAUCAGCGGCAAAAAGGCAUACCAUGACAAAUUCCGCCCGGACCCGACCCAGGACUCGGAUCUUUAUAUUGCUUUCCCACGCGGCGUACCCGGUCCCCGACACGGGCUCGCCAUGAUCCAUAUGGCUAAUAUAAGUGUGCGCAAGAUUUUUCGGGCGGAUGUCGAGGCUUUUGUGGCGAGUCACAAGUUGAAGGGUGAUGGUAAGAAGGAUGAUUCUGCUCAACAUGCCCAUAAAGGCAAGACUUUUGAGGAGGAGGUUCUUCUAUUCUAUUCGCCCUGUGUGCGUUAA